CAAACCAUUGCACUUUUGUUUGUUGUAUGCACUUGUUGGUUUGCUCGUAUUUUUAAUUUAAUUUCGAAAAAAACUAAUUUGAUGUGGAUUGUGAAUAAAUAACCAUUGAUGGCUUCGAUGUGGAACCAAUAAUUAUCAUUCUUCUCUUAGGAAAUGGAUGAGUGGUGAUUUAGAAAAAUGGAUAUAAAGAAGAAAGGAUUGCUGCAACAGCACCAGAAAGAUGUAGUUAGAGAUCUAGACAUAGUGUACAUUAUAGAUGAAUUAUUUACCAACGAAGCCAUAUCCAAAGAGGAUUUCGAUCAUGUCUUUACCCUGACGAGCCGCGCAGAACGCACCCGGUACCUAAUCGACACCCUGAUCCAGAAUGGCACCAACCAUUCCUUCGAAGUGUUCGUGGACACUCUACAGAAGGACCACCGCUGGCUGUGGGAGAAGUUCACUAUAGACAACAUGAAGAACCCUGACUUCAAUGACAGCUUCGAGGACAGUCUGAGCCGCGGGGAUGUGCCCAGACUGCCCGACCACUAUGUGCCGAGGAUGAAAGUGGAGCAAGAAGUGGCAGCCAAGUUGAAACUCCUGUCUCGGCACAAGAUUCUGACUCUCCACGGCAUGUCGGGUUCUGGCAAAACGUGUGUGGCCAUCGCAGCACUGAGGAAUAACCCGGAGUUGAUCACUAACAACUUCAACGGAGUCGUCUUCUGGCUGAACUUGGGCAAUGUGAAGAGUGAGGAUGAUGUCUUCUUGCAACAGAAUAAGCUCCACCGCAAAGCGUCAUCAAUGUACACGCACCGAGACAGCACUUUCAUGAACAGCUCAAUAUCCAUGUCCAGCAUCGGCUCAAACAACGACAGCCAUUCCCUAGCCAGCUACGAGUGGUGUAGACAAGACCUUAAAGACACACUCAAGUCCGUAUUCUCUGAGCCAGCGUUGAAAGACUGUCUGCUGGUCAUUGAUGAAGUGAAUGAGAAGCGAUGUGUGGACGCCUUCGAUAUUGGAUGCAAGAUGCUGGUCACGACUAGGGAUACGGACGUUGUGGCCAAUUUUCAUCCGCAGAUUGUUAAGAUAGAAAACCACUUCGAAGAGAAGGAAUCCCUGCAGCUACUAGCUUCAUGCCUCGACAUCGACGUGUCUCAGCUGCCGCGACAAGCCAGGAAACUCAACGAGAUCUGCAAAGGAAGCCCGUUUCAUAUAGCGCUGCUUGGGGCUCAACUGUGCGAGAAUAAGGAACGACUGAUUCAUGACACGAGUCAUUGGAAUUUCUAUAUCAAUAAGCUGGCUAAGAAGGAUUUCUUUUUUAGCCUAUCAAGACACUCGGACAACCCGAUGAAGACAAUAGAAAUGUGCAUCAACUCUCUCAAACCGCACAUCUUGCCGCUAUUCAAAAUGCUAGCGAUUCUGCCCGACAACGUGAAAGUAUCCGCCAAAGUACUCAGCAAACUGUGGGACAAACCAACCACUGACGUCGAGGUCAUCAUGAAGCAACUCCGAAGCAAAUCCCUGAUCAUUGAGAGCUACAAUCAAGAACUAAGGAACUACAGCUACGAAGUGCAUGACCUAAUCAUGAAUUACCUCCGAACAUGUCUGAGUGACGAUGAGAUUAAAAAGCUGCACGUUGAGUUUUUGAAAAGCUACAACUAUGAUACGCUGGAUACUUGUCCGCUGGAGUUAGUAGAUGAUGGUUAUAUAGCGUUCUAUAUCGGCCAUCACAUAUUUCACACGGCGGAUCUGCAGAACAAGUGGAAUUUGUUCAGGUUGUAUUUGAAUCUGAAGUUCUUGGGCAAUAAAGUGCGACUGACGGGUCCGGCUGACGCCAUCACGGACUUUCAAAAGUACGAGGCCUAUAUAGCCAGGGGUUUGCAUUCGGAGAUAGAUCGUGAGCUUCUUCUGCACAUCAAGGCGUACCUGAGCACUCACGGCAACGAUCUCUACCGCUAUCCUUGCACCGAUAUAGUGCAGAGCAUACUGCAACACGAGUCCAAGGGAAUACUCUACAGCAAGGCGUGUGAGAUAGCGCAGGACAACUGUGCCAAGAAUGAGCUUUACUUUGAGUUGCUCCAUGAACAAAAUGUGGACGAAGUGAAACAUUCGACGAUCGAUGUCAAAGAGCCUGUCAACUGUGUGUGCUUCCUCGGAGAUUAUGUGCUUGUGGGGACCACUACCGGAGUCAUCAAGGUGCUGCUAACACCGUUACAGUUUGGUCGUUGUUCCAGAAUAGAUAAGUUUGUAUUCCACAUCCCGACAAACAAGCUGAAGAAAGACCUGCCCAGUUCCGGAGACCCCAUCAAGUGGAUGGCCAAGUGUCCGUCAGACGCGCUCAUAGUGGCUGCCUUGAAUAGUGACGGAGUCGUGAAGAUAUGGUACAUGGAUGAGCUAGAGAACGAUAUACAUGACCUGUCCGAUAGCAAUACUAUUGAUGAAGAAGAGGCAGAAGAGAGCAUAUUAUACGACAACUACACGCCACCGCCACCCGUCACUAUCUACCCUAAACUCGGGCCUUUCAUCAACUGCCGAUGGGCCAACAACGAAGAAAUGAUCAUCACACACACAACCAAAAUGAUCAUCUUAUACGGCAUAGACGGAACUGUGAAGAAAGUCCUCGAUAGCUUCGAAAGGGAUAAGGAAAUCAUAACUUGUAUUCCGUCCAAUGAUGAUAGACAUUUGAUGGCGGUUACUGUGAUGAAUUCUACACACUAUGUGGAAGUGUUCGAUAUGAGGACGCGAGAGAAACUGAUGUCGUUUGAAGAGAAUAUUCCUAUUAUGAAUAUUUUGAAUGUUCCUGGCACCAACAGACUCCUAGUACUAAACGAAAGAGAAGUACUAGAACAUCAGUUCAAAAUCCAUCCGUACUCAACGAUGGCCUACAACACAUUUACCAGCAAGAAAAUCAUAUCCAGUAACGAAAUAAAAGAGAAUCUGCUCUUUAUAUCGGCCAUUGUGAACAAAUCUGGGACGCUAUUGUUCAUAUCGACUAAUGACAGUCGCGUUAUCUGCAUCGAUCUCAAGACUAACACUUAUGUGUUUGAUUUGGAUAAUAGGAGAGGCAACGUAGUUUCUAUGGGAGUGAGCGAAGUCUGGUACGACGACUUCGUGCCGGGCUCGGACGUGUUGCUCACCGGCACCGGGUCAGUGGAGCCCUCGGUCAAGGUGUGGUACCUGGACGCGGCCUACGUCGCCAUGACCACGAGGAGACACAGAAAAGUCCGCUUGACCACAAACUUCGACGUCAGCUUUCUGUCAAGCGUGUCACCAGUAACACCUUCCGGCCACGCCACGCCCCCUAGCGACCAGCAAAGCCUAAGCUCCACCCCCAAACGACACCAGUCUUUCAUCUCAUACAACGAAGUGGAAAAGAAAAGGACAGCGAAGAAGACUAUGAGUCUAGAUCGGCAUUCGCUGAAGCCGCUCAAUUUGAAAGGCAUUUGCAAUGGUAAUGAUGAAUGUGGCAGUCUUCCACUGUUGGCCGUUGUUGAUGACAAGAAUAAUAUACAGAUAAUCCGCGGAAGAAAAGUCCUCACAGAAAUAACAUGCACAUCGGACGACAAAAUCACCACAGUUAAACUCUCCCCGUGCAACCAAUACGUCAUAUACGGACUACAAUCUGGCACUGUCAAGAAAUACAUCCUACGCUCCAAAGAGACAAAAAUUAUCACAGACGUGGCUAGUACAGUCCAGUACCUAAGCUUUGUCACGCCGACUUUGUUGAUGGUUGCGGGUAAAAACAAGUGUCUGAUGGCGUAUUGGCUGGCCAGUGACGGGGAGUGGAAACUGGAGAUGCUACAGAAGGGCAGCAUGAAUCUGGGAUCGCAGGAAAUCUUGAACGAUAUUCAAGGCAACAAAAAGAAGAACGGCCAGCCCGACACAGUGUCCCACAGCGGCAGUGAAGACAGUUCCAAGGAGCGGCUGUUCCCGCACGAGCGGCCGCGGCUCAGCGCCGGCAGCGGGCUCGUGCGCUGCUUCUGUGCCGCCGCCAGCGUGCUCACUGUCGAGAACAACGCCACGGUGAAGCUAUGGAGUUCCGAGAUGAAGUUAAUCUGCGUACUGAACGGCCGGCAAUCUGAUGUUUUCAUCAACUGUGCUGCCUUCCAGAAGAAUAUACUCGUCAUUUGUGAUGACUACGGGAAAUUCCAGAUAUUCCAACUAAGAGAAGACGAGUCUGGCGUGUCCUUACGUACUCUUCACGAGAACAAAGUGAACAACAAGAUAGUGUCGUGUGACCUCACUGCGGACGGACUGGUGCUGGCACUCGGGCUCGACUCGGGCGAUGUCGUGAUAUGGAACGUGCCUAACAAGUGCCAGCUGUACUACCUCCGCCACCACAAGUCCAAAGUGCAGACUUGUUUCUUCUCUCCCGUCCCCGACAAGUUGUAUCGAAGCAACAGUACCGCCCAGUCGCCUGUAGUUGGACAACCGAUGCUGAACUAUUCCAGUGCUAGUGUGGAUGAGGAACAACCCCCGUUGGUGCUGGUUACCAUGGCAACGGAAAUCGUGUGGUGGAAUGUGACUUAUUUGAUGAAGAUGCGCUCGCAGAACAGGAAUUCUUGGAGAACACGCGUGAACGUGCUAACCCCGCUCGCGAGCCCGCUAGACAACCGCAACGACAUCACCACGGCGCUCGGCAACCUCAGUCUGAACAGACCUAACAACUACUUCUUUGGAGAAGGGGAUCAAAACGCGCACGGCUGUUGGGAGGCGGUCUGGAAGAAUAAAUGUUGCAAGGAAGGCUCGAAGAGGAAGGAGAUACUAGCGUGCAUCAAGCUGUCAGGAAUGAACGCUAAGAAGCUGUGUCACGACGAUAAGUUCUGCUGUUUCGUCACCGUGGACAACCCCGGACAUAUCCACAUUAUGAACGUCAUGAAACCCAAUAACUGUUCAUAGCACACACUGCCACACGCAUUUAGCUGGCUGCCUAAAGUCUUAUGGCAUAGCCUAGCGUUUUUCUUAUAGCAACCAUUUUAAGUAAAAAGUUCUAUUGAACGGGCGAAGACUUAUGCGGAAAGGUGCAUGGAAUGAAAGUGAUAUGGAUAGUAGAAUUUGGAAUGAUUGGACAUUAACCCUCAAUUAGAGAUUACUAAAAUCUUCUUUAGAUCCAAGCAUUAGAAGAGGGUAAGACUGGGGAUAAUGCGAAAAUCAAUUAAUAUAUGUGCAUGUUCCAACAUUUUGUUCAAUCAAAGCCAGAUUGUAUACGAAUGUAAUAUUUUAUAGUAUAGAUUAAUUAUCUGUAGAUCAAAUUUAAUAAUUGUAAGUACAAUGCGUUUAUAAUAAUGGAUCAAUUUAAGCAAUUUCAACUGCCAGUUGCAACUAUGAACAAAUAUUACUCUACUUAAGUAACCUCUUGCUCUCAAUGUGCAUUUCUUUAUUUUACUUAAUGAGUAAUCGCUUCUUUGUCAUCUAUUGAUACAACGAAAUAUUAUUGCUCACUAUUCUAAAAGACAUUGUGAUAUUUUUAAGUUGAUGCUAAAAUACGGUGCCUUUUUUGGUUAAUGAUAUAUUUAUUACCGACAUGCGGUCUAAUUAUAUUAUUCAGAUUAAAACCCAAGUUUAGUUGAUUUAAAGUAAGGUUGUUCUGCUUUUGUAUUAGAUUUACAAGUACUUACCCACCAUAUGAUAUUCUUAAGCAUAUAAAUUAGGAGGACUUAUUGAAUUCAAGGGGACUUCAAAAAUGUAAUACUUUAUAUUUAAUACCAAUUAUUUGAUAUUUAAAUUCAAAAUAAAUUUUACGGUAAACUUAAACAUUUUUAUAAAUCAAUUGUAAUGUAAAAGCUUUCUGAUGAUGCCUACCUACUGCCAGGGUCCUGAACUGAGUCAACUAAUGAACGGGUAUAUUCUAAUAAAGCCAUGGUGCUGCAAUCUGCAAUUAGCCUUCACUGGCCAAGCCCAUAUACAAUUUUACUUUGAAACAAAGUAAGUCCAUGUACUUUAAUUUGUCAUUGCUAUAUGUACUAUGCGCUAAGUUUUUGGCACUGUGAUAUCGUUAGCAUUAUUCACUGUGCCAUUACUUGUAAAUAUCGUAUAAGUAGAAACUUUCAUACUUUAAUUAAAAUAGUAUCCAAUGAAGGAUCUCUAUAGUUUAAGAUGUUAUGCAUAAGAAAUCGUGGUGCUAUAUAAAAUCAAUUAUAUGGAUAAUCGAAAUUAAGUGAUGUGAUCUAUAAAUGAGUGCACAAAUUAUAGAAAUAUUUUUAGUCCGUGGAUCAUCAAAAAUGUCAAUGCUCAAUUACGCAUUUUAAUUACUCGUUCCUAUUUUUUAUCAGUUUACAAUACAUUUAAAUAGUAUGAAAAAAUAACAGAUGUCUUAUUCUUGAAUUAUGUAGCAAUAAUGUAAGACUUAACACAUUUAAUUAAAUUCGUAAAUUUAUAAAUAUUUUAUUACAAUUUUUAAGAUGUUUAUUUCAAUACUUAUGUAUGUUUAGUAAAUAAAGUUAUAUGAUCAAACUUGCAA